AUGCAAUCGGUAUCGGACUCUCAGUCGAGAAAGACGGUUGAGGUUCAAACAGAAUCAGCCCCGUUUCCCACUAUCCCAAAAGAAUCUAAGGAGAAGGAUGCAAAGAACGUAGCAAUCACGUACGCAGCCUCUAAAACGGCCCACAUUGUUGGUGAAUCUUCUAAUUUUGUAAGGAAAUCAGGGUUCAAGUACAUCAAUGAAGACCUUGAUGGAAAAACAUGUAAACAUACAUGUAAAGAUGUUAAAAAGCCCCUCAGAGAGUUGGAAACUGUUGAAGAGGUCAAAUCAUCAUCAGAGAGGACAGGAAUGAGCAGCUUAUUUGGUGACUUUCAUUUUGAUUUUGGGAUGUCGUUCUCUCCUUUACCUGAUGGAUUUUGGAUAGAUCCUAACUUUCUUUCAGAUGUUUCAAUUCUUCCCAAGACUCCAGCUCAGGAUCUGGCCAGUGGAAGCCGAAAUGGGCAACUCUUGCUUGAUGCGUAUAAGGCAUGGUGCGAGCAUAAGAAGUAUAUGCAUGUUUACAAGAUGUUAUUGAACUCUGUCUUCGAGAAGUUUGUCUUCAAGAAUGGAACACUACUUAAAGGAUCCGCGCAAGUGAAGAUAUCUGAUGUGGAGAAAAAAUCUGAGGUGCAGAAAUCCGUAGAAGUAGACCAGGGGCAGAAAAGACAGAUGAAAGUUAAUUUUAGCCCCUCGGAUCUUUCUACCAUUUCCACCAAAGGUAUACCUGAUUUGAUCCAUUUACUGCUAAAUUCUCAUGGAUUGGACGUCCUUAAACGAUAUGACGUGAUUCUCAGGAUGGGGCCCCAACCUACGUGUUAUUUGAUUAUGGAAGGCCUUCCAUAUGGUUUGGUCAUUGCAAGGACCGUGAUUUCAAGUCAAUUCCCAGCUGUUACUUUUCACUAUAUUUGA